GGGGGGCCAGAGCCACAGGAUGGCUUCCCCUCUGAGGGACGAGGAGGAGGAGGAGGAGGAGAUGGUGGUGUCGGAGGAGGAAGAAGAGGAGGAAGAUGAGGGUGACGAAGAGGAGGAGGAGGUGGAGGCGGCCGACGAAGACUACGAGGACGACGACGAGGGAAUCCUCGGGCGCGGGCCGGGCCACGACCGGGGCCGCGACCGCGACCGCCACAGCCCCCCCGGCUGCCACCUCUUCCCGCCGCCGCCGCCGCCGCCCCCGCCGCCCCCGCCGCCAGGGAAGGAUGACAUUCGACUGCUGCCUUCGGCAUUGGGUGUGAAGAAGAGAAAACGGGGACCCAAGAAACAGAAGGAGAACAAGCCAGGAAAACCCCGAAAACGCAAGAAGCUUGACAGCGAAGAGGAAUUUGGCUCUGAGCGAGAUGAGUACCGGGAGAAGUCGGAGAGCGGAGGGAGCGAAUGUGGAACUGGACCCGGUCGGAAGCGGAGACGGAAGCACCGAGAAAAAAAGGAGAAGAAGACAAAGCGGCGGAAAAAAGGGGAGGGAGAGGGGGGGCAAAAGCCGGUGGAGCAGAAGUCAUCAGCCACUCUGCUCCUCACCUGGGGCCUGGAGGACGUGGAGCACGUGUUCUCGGAGGAGGAUUACCACACACUGACCAACUACAAAGCCUUCAGCCAGUUCAUGAGGCCCCUAAUUGCUAAGAAGAAUCCUAAGAUCCCAAUGUCUAAGAUGAUGACCAUCCUGGGGGCCAAGUGGAGAGAGUUCAGUGCCAAUAACCCCUUCAAGGGGUCAGCAGCAGCCGUGGCGGCGGCAGCGGCGGCAGCGGCGGCAGCUGUAGCUGAGCAGGUGUCAGCUGCCGUCUCAUCGGCCACGCCCAUAGCACCUUCCGGAUCCCCUGCCCUUCCACUCCCACCUGCUGCUGAUAUCCAACCCCCACCCAUCCGAAGAGCCAAAACCAAAGAGGGCAAAGGUCCGGGCCAUAAGAGGCGGAGUAAGAGCCCCCGAGUGCCUGACGGACGCAAGAAGCUUCGGGGAAAGAAGAUGACGCCACUCAAAAUCAGGCUAGGGCUUCUGGGCGGCAAGAGGAAGAAAGGCUCCUAUGUUUUUCAGAAUGACGAGGGCCCCGAACCAGAGGCUGAGGAGUCAGACCUGGACAGUGGCAGUGUCCACAGUGCCUCAGGCCGUCCUGAUGGCCCUGUCCGCACCAAGAAACUAAAGAGAGGCCGGCCAGGAAGAAAGAAGAAGAAGGUCCUGGGCUGUCCUGCAGUGGCCGGGGAGGAGGAGGUUGAUGGCUACGAGACGGAUCACCAGGAUUACUGUGAGGUGUGCCAGCAGGGUGGGGAAAUUAUUCUGUGCGACACCUGCCCUCGUGCCUACCACCUCGUCUGCCUUGAUCCUGAGCUUGACCGGGCUCCUGAGGGCAAAUGGAGCUGCCCCCACUGUGAGAAGGAGGGGGUACAGUGGGAGGCCAAGGACGAGGAGGAGGAAUAUGAAGAGGAGGGAGAGGAAGAAGGGGAGAAGGAAGAAGAAGACGAUCACAUGGAAUACUGCCGUGUGUGCAAGGAUGGUGGGGAGCUCUUGUGCUGUGACGCUUGCAUCUCCUCCUACCACAUUCAUUGUCUAAACCCACCCCUGCCUGACAUCCCCAACGGUGAAUGGCUGUGUCCCCGAUGCACAUGCCCCAUGCUGAAAGGCCGUGUGCAGAAGAUCCUGCAUUGGCGGUGGGGGGAACCGCCCGUGGCCAUGCCGGCCCCCCAGCAGGUAGAUGGCAAUCCAGAUGCUCCACCUCCUCGUCCUCUUCAAGGCAGAUCAGAGCGAGAGUUCUUUGUCAAGUGGGUAGGACUCUCCUACUGGCACUGCUCCUGGGCCAAGGAGCUUCAGCUGGAAAUCUUCCACUUGGUGAUGUACCGAAACUACCAACGGAAGAAUGACAUGGAUGAGCCCCCACCCCUGGACUACGGCUCUGGUGAGGAUGAUGGGAAGAGUGACAAGCGCAAGGUGAAAGACCCGCACUAUGCUGAGAUGGAGGAGAAAUACUACCGUUUUGGCAUCAAGCCAGAGUGGAUGACGGUCCACCGUAUCAUCAACCACAGUAUGGAUAAAAAGGGAAAUUACCACUAUUUAGUAAAAUGGAGGGAUUUGCCAUAUGACCAGUCCACGUGGGAGGAAGAUGAAAUGAAUAUCCCUGAAUAUGAAGACCAUAAGCAAAGCUACUGGAGACACCGAGAACUAAUUAUGGGGGAGGACCCCGCCCAGCCCCGAAAGUAUAAGAAGAAGAAGAAGGAGCUGCAGGGCGAUGGGCCUCCCAAUUCUCCUACCAACGAUCCUACAGUGAAAUAUGAGACUCAGCCACGGUUUAUCACAGCCACCGGAGGCACACUGCACAUGUAUCAGCUGGAAGGGUUGAAUUGGCUACGCUUCUCGUGGGCCCAGGGCACUGACACCAUUCUGGCUGAUGAGAUGGGGCUGGGCAAGACCAUACAAACCAUCGUCUUCCUCUACUCACUCUAUAAGGAGGGCCACACAAAGGGUCCCUUCCUGGUGAGUGCCCCGCUCUCGACCAUCAUUAAUUGGGAGCGGGAGUUCCAGAUGUGGGCACCCAAGUUCUAUGUGGUGACGUACACGGGUGACAAGGACAGCAGGGCCAUCAUUCGUGAGAAUGAGUUUUCCUUUGAGGACAAUGCCAUCAAAGGUGGCAAGAAAGCCUUUAAGAUGAAGAGGGAGGCACAGGUGAAGUUCCAUGUUCUCCUGACAUCGUAUGAGUUGAUCACCAUUGAUCAGGCAGCACUUGGCUCCAUCCGCUGGGCCUGCCUUGUAGUGGAUGAGGCCCAUCGACUCAAAAACAACCAGUCCAAGUUUUUCAGGGUCCUCAAUGGCUACAAGAUAGAUCAUAAGUUACUGCUAACAGGGACUCCAUUGCAAAAUAAUCUGGAAGAGCUUUUCCAUCUGCUGAACUUCCUCACCCCAGAAAGGUUUAACAACCUGGAGGGCUUCCUGGAGGAGUUUGCAGACAUAUCCAAAGAAGACCAGAUUAAAAAACUGCAUGAUUUGCUGGGGCCACAUAUGCUUCGGAGGCUCAAGGCUGAUGUCUUUAAGAACAUGCCAGCCAAGACAGAGCUUAUCGUUCGCGUGGAGCUGAGUCCCAUGCAGAAGAAAUACUACAAGUAUAUCCUGACUCGAAAUUUUGAGGCCUUGAAUUCACGAGGCGGUGGGAACCAAGUGUCUCUGCUGAACAUCAUGAUGGAUCUUAAGAAGUGCUGCAACCAUCCAUACCUCUUUCCUGUGGCUGCUAUGGAGUCCCCAAAACUUCCCAGUGGGGCUUAUGAGGGUGGGGCACUUAUUAAGGCGUCUGGGAAGCUCAUGCUGCUGCAGAAGAUGCUGCGGAAGCUAAAGGAGCAAGGACACCGAGUACUCAUCUUCUCACAGAUGACCAAAAUGUUAGACUUGCUGGAGGAUUUCUUAGACUACGAAGGCUACAAGUAUGAGCGCAUCGAUGGUGGCAUUACUGGUGCCCUCAGGCAGGAGGCCAUCGAUAGGUUCAAUGCUCCUGGGGCCCAACAAUUCUGCUUCCUCCUGUCCACCCGAGCUGGGGGUUUGGGCAUCAAUCUGGCCACUGCAGACACUGUCAUCAUCUUCGAUUCUGACUGGAACCCUCAUAACGACAUCCAGGCCUUUAGCCGCGCUCAUCGAAUCGGCCAGGCCAACAAAGUAAUGAUUUACCGGUUUGUGACUCGUGCAUCAGUGGAAGAGCGAAUCACACAAGUGGCCAAGAGGAAGAUGAUGCUGACACAUCUGGUAGUGCGUCCCGGGCUGGGCUCCAAGGCGGGCUCCAUGUCCAAGCAGGAGCUGGAUGACAUCCUCAAAUUUGGCACCGAAGAACUAUUUAAGGAUGAAAACGAGGGGGAGAACAAGGAGGAGGACAGCAGUGUGAUUCACUAUGACAAUGAGGCCAUUGCUCGGCUGUUGGACCGAAACCAGGAUGCAACUGAAGACACUGAUGUGCAGAAUAUGAACGAAUAUCUCAGUUCCUUCAAGGUGGCCCAGUAUGUGGUGCGAGAGGAAGACAAGAUUGAGGAGAUCGAACGAGAGAUCAUCAAGCAGGAGGAGAAUGUGGAUCCUGACUACUGGGAAAAGCUGCUGAGGCACCACUAUGAGCAACAACAGGAAGACCUAGCCCGAAACCUCGGCAAGGGCAAGCGAGUUCGCAAGCAAGUUAACUACAAUGAUGCUGCUCAGGAGGACCAAGAUAACCAGUCAGAAUACUCAGUGGGCUCAGAGGAGGAAGAUGAAGACUUUGAUGAGCGUCCUGAAGGGCGUCGACAGUCAAAGAGGCAGCUCCGGAAUGAAAAGGACAAGCCACUGCCUCCGCUGCUGGCUCGCGUUGGGGGCAACAUCGAGGUGCUGGGAUUCAACACCCGCCAGCGGAAGGCUUUCCUCAACGCUGUGAUGCGCUGGGGAAUGCCCCCGCAGGAUGCCUUCACCACCCAGUGGCUGGUGCGAGACCUGAGGGGCAAGACGGAGAAAGAGUUCAAGGCCUAUGUGUCUUUGUUCAUGCGCCAUCUCUGUGAGCCCGGGGCAGACGGCUCUGAAACAUUUGCUGACGGGGUCCCUCGAGAGGGCCUGAGUCGCCAACAAGUGUUGACCCGCAUUGGAGUCAUGUCUCUCGUCAAGAAGAAGGUACAGGAGUUUGAGCACAUCAAUGGGCGCUGGUCGAUGCCUGAGCUGAUGCCUGACCCCAGUGCUGAGUCUAAGCGCUCCUCCAGGGCCUCCUCUCCUACCAAAACGUCUCCCACCACCCCGGAGGCUUCUGCUGCCAACAGUCCGUGCGCCUCCAAGCCCGGUAAUUGGGUCCGCAUCGGUGGAGAGAGGGAGAUGAGGCCAGGCCCAGAGGGAUUGGAGUCAAGGUGGGGAGUUUCUGCCUUCUUCACUCUGCUUUCCCCGGUAGCUACUCCAGCUCCAAGUGAGAAAGGAGAAGGCAUAAGGACACCGCUUGAGAAGGAUGAAGCUGAAAACCAGGAGGAGAAGCCAGAGAAGAAUAGCAAAAUUGGGGAGAAGAUGGAGACAGAGGCUGAUGCCCCCAGCCCAGCCCUGUCCCUCGGGGAACGGCUAGAGCCAAGGAAGAUUCCUCUGGAGGAUGAGGAGUCAGGGGGAGCUGGAGAGACGGAGCCUGAACCUGGGUACCGGGGGGACAGAGAGAAGUCAGCCACAGAGUCGACGCCAGGAGAGAGGGGGGAGGAGAAGCCGUUGGAUGGACAGGAACACAGGGAGAGGCCAGAGGGGGAAACAGGGGAUUUGGGCAAGAGAGAGGAUGCGAAAGGGGGCCGGGAGCUUCGAUCUGGGCCUCGAGACGAGCCACGACCCAAUGGGCGACGUGAGGAGAAGGCGGAGAAGCCACGGUUCAUGUUCAAUAUUGCCGAUGGCGGCUUUACAGAGCUUCACACGCUGUGGCAGAAUGAGGAACGGGCAGCUAUUUCCUCGGGGAAACUCAAUGAAAUCUGGCACAGAAGACACGACUAUUGGCUUCUGGCUGGGAUUGUUCUCCAUGGCUAUGCACGGUGGCAGGACAUCCAGAAUGAUGCUCAGUUUGCCAUUAUCAAUGAGCCAUUUAAAACGGAAGCCAAUAAGGGGAACUUUCUGGAGAUGAAAAAUAAGUUUCUGGCCCGGAGAUUCAAGCUCCUGGAGCAGGCGCUGGUGAUUGAGGAGCAGCUUCGGCGGGCGGCCUACCUGAACCUAUCACAGGAGCCGGCGCACCCCGCCAUGGCCCUCCACGCCCGCUUCGCCGAGGCCGAGUGCCUGGCCGAGAGCCACCAGCACCUCUCCAAGGAGUCGCUGGCGGGGAACAAGCCGGCCAACGCUGUACUGCACAAGGGUAAGGGCCGCGGCGGCCCCGCGCGGGGGAGGGCCCACAACGCUGCUUCUGAACCAGCUGGAGGAGUUGCUGAGCGACAUGAAGGCAGACGUGACCCGCCUGCCAGCCACGCUGUCUCGAAUACCCCCCAUCGCAGCCCGCCUUCAGAUGUCCGAGCGCAGCAUCCUCAGCCGGCUGGCCAGCAAGGGCACAGAGCCUCACCCCACACCGGUCUUUCCCCCGGGCCCCUACGCCACGCCUCCGGGGUACGGGGCGGCCUUCAGCGCCGCUCCUGUGGGGGCUCUGGCCGCCGCAGGCGCCAACUACAGCCAGAUGCCAGCAGGGUCCUUCAUCACAGCCGCCACCAACGGCCCUCCAGUGCUGGUGAAGAAGGAGAAGGACAUGGUGGGGGCGUUAGUGUCAGACGGGCUGGAUCGGAAGGAGCCACGAGCCGGGGAGGUGAUCUGUAUAGACGACUGACUGGAUCCCAGGCCUGCCCUUCACCCAGGCCCCGGGCCCGAGGCCGACCCCCAGCUCAGGCUCCGGGGUCUGCUGCCAAUCCUCCGCCGUCCCCACCCGCUGGGCCACCACUGGGCUAGGAGCCCCUUUGCCCCUCUCUGACUCCUCUUUCCAAGAAGGGCCCUUUGUCUUUCUCCACUCCCACACAUCUCCCCCACCACGCUUUGAAGACUGUGCUGGGUGGGAAUUGGUUAGCAGGGUCUUCCAGGAACCUUUAUCGUCCUCUGCCAAACACUCAGCUUCCCAAUAAAUGGUUGUGGGAGGUGAGAGGUGGAGCCUUCACUCCUGCAAUCUAAGCUCCACCUUGUGCAGAGGUGGGGGUUAGCACUGCCUGGCCUUUAGAAGCUUCGUGGAGGAAAGAGAGCCUUGGAGGAGGAGGGGCCUUUAGAUAAGGAUGACGAUGAGCCCUGGCAGAGAGAGCGGGGAGAGGAGGGGUGGCUGCAUGUUUCCCUCCCUUACCUCUCCUCCUUAAACAGAGUGUGGGGCAGCUACGAGGGAGCCCAUUGCUGUUCCGCCUCAGAAUAAAGGCGCCAUUCACUGGCUCAGCUACCUCCUGUGUAUUGGCAUCUUGUGUUGGGCAUCUUACCCCCUCCACAGGGGCCAAGAACCACCCCUACAGAGUGAUGGUUGGGCGAUACUCCCUCAAGCCAAAGAGGAGCUCCCCAAUCUGCCCUAGGGACCCGGGUCACCUAGAAAGGGUGGGAGAGAACACCUGGGCCAGAUGUUGGGGGACCCCCAGCGCUCGGGCUCAGGUUCUUUGAGGACUUCUCCCUUCUCUCCUGAAGGCCUGAAUACAGACUAAAUUUGAGUGUGUGAGGCAGGGGCCCAGUCAGGGGGCUAUUUGCUUCUAGGACCAGAGGAGAAAAAUGGAGAGCAGGCUAGGGAUACGCGGGCACGCACACCCUCUUCCCCGGAGGGGCUGAGGAGAGUGGCAGUUUGCAUGGCGAACCCCCCACUUCCUCUUCGCUGCCCCUUCACUUUCUUGCUGGCCCUUCCCCGGCCUUUUCACACUCACUCCUGGUCUGUCCCAGUCCCCUCUUCUGUAUCAGGUUUAUUGGUUGUACAUAUAAAUUAUACUUUCCUUUC